AUGGCGCUUGCAGCCAGUGGUGGCGUUCAGGCGCAAGAGGAGUUUGCCGAGGAGGUGGUUAUCAGCCCUCUGCCAAGCGGCCACAUCCAGGUGCAGCUCCAGUUCACGCUGAGCUCGCCCAGCCGGCGCCACUACUCGGUGCUGCCAAAGGCGAUCGCCCAGCUGGCGGCAGGCGUGCCCUUUGAGGAGGUGGAGCUGUCCCUCACACAGGGCAGAUGGCACCACCACGCGUGGGGAUCGCCGCUGCUGCCCUCCAAGCCCAGCGGCGCGGAGCUGCGCGCUGCCUUCAGCCCCUCCAUCCCAGAAGGCCAGCUGCCGCUGCUGUGGGGCAACCUCAGCCACUCCCUCAGCGGCAUGUUCUGCGCCUCCCUCAACUUCCUGGCUCGCCCUGAGACGACAGCCCAACAGGCCAUCGAAUUCGGGAAGCCCAGCGAAACAGGCGGGCGCGCCAGCAACAGCGAGGUCGGCGCCGACGCGCGCGCGUGCGCCGCUGGGCCCGCGGCGGGGGCGAUGGGGCCCCGGCCAGCGCGGCUGCGGCGGCUGUACGCGGCGCUGCCAAAGGAGGUCGUGUGCACCGAGAAUCUCACACCCGCGCUGAAGCUGCUGCCCUGCCGCGACCAGGCGGGCGUGGCGUCGCUGCUGCUGCACCGCCCCUCGGUGUAUGGCGCAGACUACCAUUCCAUGCGGGUCGGCAUACUGGCGGCGCGGGACGCCGAUGGCGCCCUGCUGUCGACGCGGCUGUCCCUGGGCAUCACGCUCGUGCUGCGCCCGCCCCAGGUGCAAACCCCAGGCGCCCCUCCUGCGCGGCGGGCCGCGCCGCGGCCGUGCAGCUACAGCAGCUGGCGGCUGGGUCAUCUCCUGGGGUCCAAGCUGCGCGGCGCCUGCCCCAUCGCGACCCAAAGCUGGCUAUUUGUGCAGCUGCCGCCGCAGCUGGCGGCGCAGGCGGCGGUGGGUGAGGAUGGUGCGGGGCAGCUGCUGCACCCGCCAGCUUGGCAGGCAGGCGGUGCAGAGGUGCACCGCACCGGCAGCGGCAGCAGCAGCGACAAAAGCAGCGACAGCAGCAGCAGUGGCGAGCAGGCUGAGGAUAACAUUCAGCAGCAACAGCAGGCGAUAGCGGGCGCAGAGGCGCUGGUGGAGGAGGCGCGCCGUCAGCAGCCCCGACCCGAGGGGCAGGGCGACGGGCCCGCGGCGCUCGACGUGGGGCAGGCAUGGCGGCGGUUUGGCGCAAAGGGUGCGGUCGUGGCAGCCCGGCCGGAGCUCGCCGUUUCGCGGUACACCACUGGGGCCGGCUUCAUGCACGGGGGCAUGGUGCUGCGCCUCGCUACAGCGGCAGGUGCCGGCCCCGCCGCCGCCCCAAGCGGCGCAGGCACCGGCAGCAGUCAGGCAGGCGGUGGCGGCGCCGCAGACCUGAGCACGGCGGCAGCAGCGGCGGCGGGCAACCGGACGGUCUGCGUGUUCCAGAUCGUGCCUUGGUACGUGCGCGUCUGGCUGCACACGCUGACGCUGACGGUCGACGGCGCGCCCGCUGACUUGGACGCGGCGCUGCGGCUGCGCCACGUGUCGCCCGCCGCGGACCGCGCGCGGCCGCUCGUGCUCGACCUGUGCAUAGAGCUGCCGGCAGGGGCGCGCGAGGCGGUGCUGGCCGUGCAGUUCAGCAAGGCGUUCCUGCACGUAUUUGAGUGGCCGCCAGACGCCCACCGAGGGUUCGACGUGCCCGCGGCGCUCGUGACAUACGCGCCGCUCGGCGCCGACGGCGCCGCGGCAGCGCUCGAGUGGGGGUGGCGGCGCGGCGGUGACGUCGGGGGGGCGCGCGGCGCGCCGAGCCCGCUGCUGCGCGCGCUGUCGGCGGCGCGGCCCGAGGCGCUGUACAGCGAGGGCCUGCUCGUGCCGCUGGCGCCGCCCGAUUUCUCGAUGCCGUACAACGUGGUGUGCCUCACGUCGACGGUCCUCGCCGUGUACGUGGGCGCGGUGCUCAACGCGCUGCUCAAGCGGCCGGGGGCGGAGCUCAGGGAGGCGGCAAAGGGCGGCGCGGGGCGGCGCGCGGCGCGGCUAAAGGCCGCCAAGGUGGUCGUGGUUGUGGUGGUGUUUGGGGGGCUGGCGCUGUAUGUGGACGAGGAGCUGCAGGCGCAGGUGAUGCAGGCGCUCGCAGCGGCGGGGCUGGUGGAGGCGCCGCCGGCGCCGCAGCACUGA